GCCAUCUUUUUUAAAAACGGUGUGGGAGUGAAGGAACAGGCGGUGCCAUGUUAAAAUGAAAGUGAAAGUUAAAUUAACACAAAGGGUCACUUUGGAGACAGUCAGUCGUCUCUCCAGUUUAUAGCGCGGGAGCUGUGCUGUUGAGGAGCUUGUGCGGUCAAGAAACAUGGCCUCCAGUGGUACUAUCGUCUGCAUAAUCUAUGCUUUUGGGAUUACUGUAGGAGUUGCCAACUCGUCAUUGAAGCUGGAAUGUGACGAAACAAAUACGGGGCAGUUUGGCCAACAGUCACUGUUGAAGUGUGUCAUAAAGCAACCUGCUGUAAAAGUCCGCGUGGUCAUUUGGCGCAAGGUGGGCGAGAAUGAAGAAGCCCUCCUGGUUUUCGAAGACACGGUGAAGAAGCAGGUGCAGGGCUUCAGGUUUGUUGAACCUUUCUGGAUCACGAACAACCCGGACCUGUCCAUGCUGAUCAACAACACAAAGAUGGAGGAUGAGGGAGAAUACCUCUGCACGGUGGUCACGGAUGCGGGUGAAGGCGAGAAGAUCACUCAACUCAAAGUGAAAGCCAGAUACAAUCAGCCGACCAUUAAACAAACCAAAAAAACAAAGACUUCAAAUGUAGCAAGCUACCUGAUCUGUGAGUCUUUUGGAGGAUACCCAGAAGGCGAACUGCGCUGGUUUGACGAACACGACAAGGACUGGACAAAGAGCUCAAACAUGACAGUAAAAAAGACGGAUAACGGUUUGUUUAAACUCUCAAGCUGGCUGCCAUUGAUGUCAGGAUCCACAUAUGAAAGCUACACCUGCAAAGUGUAUGAUGGCAAAGGAGUUGAGGAGGGAAAGGUCUUCUUUGAACCCAACAAACAAACAGACCCUGAAGCGUCAGUAAACAAUGAGGAGCUGAAGAAAGAGACCUCCCCCGCAGCAUUUGUUGCUCCUGUGGUGGUCAUUGGAUCUGUGAUUGUGGGAUUACUUUUACUGCUGCUUUACAGAAGGCAAAGUCAAAAAAUGCGGAGACCCUCCACUGCACCCCUUAUGGGUCCUCACGAAAGCGUUGAGAUACAGGAUCCAGACGUUGAAACUGGUGAUCCCGAAUAUGAGGUCGAAUAUAAAAAUCAGCCCUGAGGAGGGAUCACAUGUGAUCACAACCAAUGUAAAGUCAGCACUUCCAUGUUUGGUAUUCUCCAAAAUGUUGUACUUUUCUACCCUUGUACAACUUUGUAUAAAUGCUUGGAACUUGUACCACUUAAGAUUGUGUUAAUCAAGUGUGAGUUUGUGAUUCCUUCAAGUUUGCCAAGUUGGAGUGGUUUUUAGAUGAGGAUGACGUUUUGAGCAGCUAGAAAGCGAUUUCUGAGCAGCUGGAAAGCGAGGUGCAAGCAUCAGAAUGAUGAAAACCAACCACAGCUCGAAAUGACUUGUACUGAUAGGCUGUAAGCUACCGUAUAUGUGGCAUUUCUAAAAAAAAAACAAAAGCUUGGUGAACAGGUAGCAUCUGUUAAGUUACUAUACUUGCCAAAGCUUGACAAGACUGUUGUUUUGUCCCCCUCUUUUUGUUGUUGUUGCACAAUUGAUUUUUUUUGAGGCUUUGGAAAAAAAUGAUAGAUUUUUGGAUGAGUGUAUUUGAGGGGGAAAUGUUUGAAAUCACAGAUUUUUAUAUUUUUUUCACUAGGGUCACUAAACUGUGAAGUUGAUUAAUUUUUCUUGAUAUCUGUAUACCAUAAUUUUCUUUUUAAGUCCUAUGAUCAGUUCCUGCUGAGAAUACCAAAUGUUUAUAUAAAUAUAUAUAUAUAUAUAUAUAUAUAUAAUUUUUUUUACUUUUAUUUGAGAGAACGACUCGUUUAAACACUUUAUUUUUAUACUGCCAGGAUUUUCUGUUCAACGAAGUCUCACUUUGUUGAAAGAGGACCAAAAAUCCUUUAAGAAAAAUCCUGUAAUAACAGUCUGCUUUUUAAUAAAGUGACAUUUUGAAGUGUCCCAUUUAACCCUUGGUGGAUUUUGUUUGAUGAAUCUUUUUCUCCUAAAGUCAGAUUGCAGCUACUUUGAUCCCAUAUUUGAUUCUCUCUGGAGUUCCCAUUUUUUUGUGAAGUAAUCCAGACUGCCCUUAUGUAACUUUGACACAGUUGUCCUGUGGGCUCUGAUUCUCGGCGAAACAAAGCCUAUUUUCCCCCCUCAUUCAUUCUUGUCAUUUGAAGCCAGCUUUCAUUUCUAAAGAAAAGUGCCCUCGAGCUCUGAGGAUUAAUGAAAAACUGUGAGAGCAAAGUUCAGUAAAGCCUUUUCACCAGCAUAAGGGUAAAUGAUUCAUAGUCUGUAAUAGCAAACUUGCAAAAGAAAAGUUUAGCAAAAGAUUUAAACUUCAGUUUUCUACUUUCAGUUUAAAAAAACAUUUUUGUAAAAACAAAAUGAAUCAGUGAGGAACUUUGUAAUUUAUGUGACUGAUAUGUAAGCUAUCCCCACUGUACAAAUAUCGGGGCAAAAGCAGGCACUGAACUUUAAAACACCCUGAUUUGUUUGAAUUAUUGUUGUAAAAAGUGUAAUAUGUUUUUGUGUGUGUUCAUUAAAAUCCUUACUUUUUGUGGCAUUUA